AUGGACUUGGCAUCCGACAGCAAGUCGAGUUCAGAGGCACAAGCGACGGUGUGGCCUGCGAGGGGAUUGCCGGAGCUUCUCAGAGACCUGUCCGAGGAGGAACUCAAGAGCCUCGAGAAGAAGUUGAUCAGAAAAGUUGACUUGCGGAUGCUGCCAACAAUGAUUCUGAUCUAUAUCAUGAACUACCUUGACAGGAAUGCCAUUGGUUCAGCCAGGCUGGGUGGUCUGGAAAAGGACUUGGGUCUGACUGGCAAUGAAUUCCAGACUUGCGUAUCAAUCCUCUUUGUCGGGUAUGUCCUCAUGCAAGUACCUUCCAACAUGUUCCUCAACAAGAUCGGGCGCCCUGCGAUCUACUUGACGGGGUGUAUGGGCGUUUGGGGUAUAUUGUGUGCCUGCAGCGGUGCAACCCAUAGUUUCGGCGGUCUGUUGGCAACUCGAUUCCUGCUAGGGUUUGUGGAAGCAGCCUUUUAUCCAGGCUGCUUGGCAACUCUCAGCUCAUGGUACGUCCGCAAAGAACUCGGCGUUCGUACCGGCUUGUUCUACAGCGGCUCCAUGCUCUCGGGCGCCUUCUCGGGUCUCAUCGCCGCCGGCAUCACGAACGGCAUGGACGGCGCCCGCGGCCUGCUGGCCUGGCGCUGGCUAUUUAUCAUCGAAGGGUCGCUCACCGUUGCCAUCGCCAUCGGCGCCUUCUUCGUCCUGCCUGAUUUUCCCGCCAACACCAAGUGGCUGACGGACCAGGAACGGCAGCUAGCCGUGUGGCGCAUGGAGGUCGACGCCGCGGGGGAGGAGGACUGGACGAGCUCCUCCUCGCAGCCCAUCUUUGAUGGCUUCAAGAUGAUCAUAGUCGACCCCAUCAACUGGAUCCUCGUCGUGCUCGUCUUCGGCGCCGCGUCGUCCAUUUCUAUCAACAGCUUCUUCCCCACCGUCGUCGCCAGCCUCGGGAAAGAUCGAAUCACAACGUUGCUUCUUACUUCGCCCCCGUACCUCCUGGCCUGUAUCGUCUGCGCAGCGGUAUCGUGGAGUGCCGAUCGCAUGAACGAGAGGUACUGGCACACUGUUGCCCCGCUGGCCUGCUCGCUCGUCGGGUUCAUCAUCUCGAGUGCGGCGACGGGUAUCGGGCCACGGUACUUUGGUGCCAUGAUCAUGCUCCCCGGGAUUUACACUGGCUUCAACAUGUCCAUGGUCUGGACCGCCAACACGAUCCACCGACCGACGGCGAAGCGCGCCGCUGCGGUGGCGUUGAAUAAUGCAUUUGCCACCCUGCCAGGCAUCUACGGAUCGUACUUGUACCCCAAUAACGCGACGCCCCGGUUCGUUUUGGCUUUCAGCGUGAAUGCUGCAAUGGCACUGAUGGCGAUUGUCGCAGCUACUGUGUUACACUUUGUGCUGAAGAGAGAGAACCGAAAGUUGGAGAUCAAAGAGCAGGAGGCGGAGGCUGCUGGUCAGGCGCAAUUGAUUGGCAAAGGCUUUCGAUAUGUCAUCUGA